UUCAAUUCUGCCCCCAUGCUGUCCAAGUCUGGAGCUGGCUCCCCCUGUGGGCUCUUCCUUCCACUGAUGGUGGUUUCUUUCUUUCCAUCUGCUCACGGACUGCAGUGUUAUGCCUGCAAUAUCAUGGUUGGCACCCAGUACAUUAACCCAGGCUGUUCCAAGCCAGAGAUUGUCACCUGCUCUGAAUCACACCAAGGAUUCAAGCACAAAUUCUGCCUAAAAACAACAAGUGUGGUCCUGGGGAUCCUACUCACCAGUGGCUGUGCCACAUCUCGCCACUGUCAGCAGCAGGAACUACCUGGGGUGCACAUCCACUGCUGCCAGACUGACCUCUGCAACAGCUCCCUGCAGGCUGCCCAAACUUUUGGCAUGUUCUCAGGAGGCACCAUCCUCAUACCCUGUCUCCUUAUGGCUUUCUUCCUUCUCUAAUACCACUGAAGGCAGCCUUAAGGAUUUUAGACUCCAGGAAAAUAUUCUGUUGGGUGGAUAUUGCCCGCCAAGUCUGCCAUGUUCUCAUAUGUCUUUAUGGAAAAAAACCCUGCUUCUUCUUUUCCUUCUAGCAUCACUAUACUUAACCAAAAUGGUGGGUGACUCCCAACUAGUCUCCAAAGUAUUUCCAAAGAACACAAGAGGCUGGGGUGUGUCUCCUUCAUGCAGCCUAGUGUAAUGUGCGGGUUUCUUUUAUGUCCAGUGGCUGCUUUUGCAUUUCCAUCCAUAUUCAAUGCCCCAUCCUUUAGAAACUUCCUGGAACUCUUCAACUCAACAUAGUUUAGUGGAAGAAUUAUUUUUGAAUCUAGAACUGAGUUUGUCCUUAACUAUCUGUGUGAUCAUGAAUAAAUCAUAUA